CGACUAAGAUGAGGUUAUUAACUAUUAUUGCGUUCUUUUGCGUCUUGGCAGGCUGCUCUUGCUCAGAUUCAACUACGUCAUCUGGAUAUUAUUGGGACCCAUACUCAUCAUCUUGGGUUGCUUACGGAGAUUCUACCACUUCGUAUCCCUACGGGGAGGAUGCAACUAUAUCUGCACCUGUUGCUCCGUCAACUUCCAGGUCUCCAUGUGAUGGAAAAGCCCAAAGACCUUGCGCAAAUCUACUGAAGGGUGCACAAAAGCUUUAUGUGUUCUAUUAAAAAAUCACUCAAACUUGUACGCCUUGUUAAAUAAAUCAUUUUGGGAAAUACAUAUGCCGGUUCCCCUUGGGUACUAUAUCCCGAAGAUACCCCAGGUGCGGCAGAGCAUGCGAUUGAGGCUAAAUAAAGAUCAGAGGCUCUAUUAACAUCUGGUGCCCGACAGAUAAA